GGGUUAUCAAGAAUCUCGACGUCGGAUGCGCAUGGAGAGAAUUCACCAUAUUUUGCCGGAUGGAAAGUCUAUGAUCAAGACCCUUAUGAUUCUGUGAAGAACCCUUCAGGGGUCAUUCAGAUGGGAUUAGCAGAGAACCAGGUUUCAUUUGAUCUCUUGGAAGAAUGGCUAUGUGGCCAUUUUAAGGAUUCAAAUUGGCAAAGCUACAUGUCAAAUUUCAGAGAGAAUGCACUCUUUCAAGAUUACCAUGGGCUUCAGGUUUUCAGACAGGCAAUGGCUAGUUUCAUGGAGGAAGUAAGAGGAGGGAGAGUCAAAUUUGAUCCAGAAAGGAUAGUGCUGACAGCAGGAGCUACUGCAGCAAAUGAGCUACUGAUUUUUAGCAUAGCCGAUCCAGGAGAAGCUUUACUUGUCCCUACUCCUUACUAUCCAGGGUUUGACAGAGAUAUUAGAUGGAGAACAGGAGCCAAGAUUGUCCCAGUGCGCUGUAAAAGCUCAAACAACUUCGAAAUAACAAGAGAAGCCUUAGAAUGUGCAUACAGAGAAGCCGGAAAGAUGAACAUCAAUGUGAAGGGCAUUGUCAUCACAAAUCCAUCAAACCCACUUGGGAUAACAAUCUCAAAAUCCGUUCUGGAGGAGAUUCUAGACUUUGCCAUCGAGAAAAAUAUCCACCUCAUCUCUGAUGAGAUCUACUCUGGCUCUGUCUUCCACCCAUCAGAAUUCACUAGUGUAGCAGAAAUCUUAAGCUCUAGAGGUUACCGAGACAGUGAAAGAGUUCACAUAGUUUACAGUCUAUCCAAAGACCUUGGGCUGCCUGGAUUUAGGGUGGGAGUCCUCUGUUCCUACAACAACAGAGUGGUUGAGACGUGCAGAAGAAUGUCGAGCUUCAGUUUGGUCUCUUCUCAGACACAGGGCCUCCUUGCUGCCAUUCUCUCAGACUCGAAGUUCAGAAAGAGCUAUAUAGAAACCAACAGGAAGAGACUGAGAGAGAGGCAUGAACUCUUUGUGGAGGGGCUCAAAGCUGCUGGUAUUGAUUGCUUGAAGGGGAAUGCUGGGCUCUUCUGUUGGAUCAAUUUCAGCCCACUGCUGAAGACCCCAACACUUGAAGGAGAGAUAGGGCUGUGGAACUCUUUAGUGUAUGAAGCAAAGCUCAAUGUCUCUCCAGGCUCAUCAUGCCAUUGUUCUGAACCAGGUUGGUUUCGAGUCUGCUUUGCAAACAUGAGCCACCAGACACUGAAGGUCGCAUUGGGAAGGAUCCAAUCAUUCAUAGAGAAGCGAAAGAUGACAAGGCCAUCUAGCAGAAGUUCGUCGUGCUUCUGA